AGCAGGGCAGGCUGGCCGGAAGCAGACCCGAGCGCAGCCGGAAGGAGCCGAGUUCGCCCGAAGGGGCCUGAGCGCGGCUGGACGUUGGGGAUUCGCCCAGCCGGAGCCAUGGCUGCCGAGGGGACAGCUGUGGCCGGAGGCGGGGCUGUUGGCGACCGGCUGGCCAAGGACAGCUUGCCGCAGUCUCAGUGCCCGGACGCGGCCCGGAACCGGCGGCGCGGCUCGUCGCUGUCGCGUGACGCCGAGCGCCGAGCCUACCAGUGCUGCCGGGAGUACUUGGGCGGGGCCUGGCGCCGAGUGCGGCCGGAGGAGCUGAGGGUUGACCCUGUGAGCGGAGGCCUCAGUAACCUGCUCUUCCGCUGCUCGCUGCCGGACCAGCUGCCCAGCGUGGGCAGGGAGCCCCGGGAGGUGCUGCUGCGGCUGUACGGGGCCAUCCUGCAGGGCGUGGAUUCCUUGGUCCUCGAAAGUGUGAUGUUCGCCAUCCUGGCAGAGCGGUCGCUCGGGCCCCAGCUCUAUGGAGUCUUUCCAGAGGGCCGGCUGGAACAGUACAUCCCAAGCCGGCCACUGAAAACCUGUGAGCUUCGAGAGCCAGUGCUGUCAGCAGAAAUCGCCACGAAGAUGGCCCGGUUCCAUGGCAUGGAGAUGCCGUUCACUAAGGAGCCCCACUGGCUGUUUGGGACCAUGGAACGGUACCUAAAGCAGAUCCAGGACCUGCCCCCGACUGGCCUCCCCCAGAUGAACCUGCUGGAGACAUACAGCCUGAAGGAUGAGAUGGGCAACCUCAGGAAAUUGUUAGACUCUACCCCAUCACCUGUGGUUUUCUGUCACAAUGAUGUCCAGGAAGGGAACAUCUUGCUGCUCUCAGAGCCAGGAAACACUGACAGACUCAUGCUGGUCGACUUUGAGUACAGUAGUUACAACUACAGGGGCUUUGACAUUGGGAACCAUUUUUGUGAGUGGAUUUAUGAUUAUACUCACGAGGAGUGGCCUUUCUACAAAGCGCAGCCUGCAGACUACCCCACCCCGGGGCAGCAGCUCCAUUUUAUUCGCCAUUACCUGGCAGAGGUCAAGAAAGGUGAGACCAUCUCCCAAGAGGAGCAGAGGAAACUAGAAGAAGAUUUGCUGGUAGAGGCUAAUCGAUAUGCUCUGGCAUCCCAUUUCUUUUGGGGUCUCUGGUCUAUUCUCCAGGCGUCUAUGUCCACCAUAGAAUUCGGUUACUUGGAGUACGCCCAGUCUCGCUUCCAGUUCUACUUCCAGCAGAAAGGACAGCUGAGCGUCUUCCCCUCAUCCUGACUCUCCAGCCCCCAACUCAGAUUGCUCCAGGAGCCUCCAGGGCGGGACCUUGGAGGGAGGCUCUGGGGACUGGGCUGAGCCCUGGAGUGAGCCUGGGCCUGAGGAUGCCGACCUCUCUCCACAGCAGGCAGAUGGUGGGAGAGAGCCCCUGGCUGUGUACCUUGAGACAAUAAACAAGCUUCUUCCUUCA